AUGGCUAAAAGCAAGAAAAAGUUUACCAUUGAUUAUAAGUCAGUAUCAUCUUUGUUGCCAUUGUCAACAUCAUCAGCAACAACAAUGUGUGAUUUUCAUGAGUUUAAGUUUUGGAUGCAUUACCCUUUUACAGCUGAAAGUGUUAGAGUUCGGUUUUUAACGUCUUCAUAUGAUGGCUUUGUUUGGAUACGUUUUACUUGUAUUACAAGUAGUUGCGAAGAAUUUUAUUUUUGGAAUCUAUCAACAAAAUGGUACAAGAAAAUACCAUUGCCACGAGAAGUGAAUGAUGGUGACAUUAAAGGCUAUGGAUUCGGUUAUGAUUACAUGACUGGCGAUUACAAAUUGAUAAGAAUUGUGACCAACUGGGCUUCAAAUUGUUCUGAUGUUGAUGUCUAUGCAUCAGAAUCAAAUUCGUGGAGAUGCAGUGAUAGUGUACCAUACCGUCUUUGUUAUGAUCAAGCUUGUGAAGGAGUACUCUUUGAUGGAGGUCUUUACUGGGUUGCGCGCACCUUUGAACAAAUCUGCAAUGUGCAUGUACUUGUCCGUUUUGGCAUUGUGGAUGAGAAAUUCAAGAAAGUAGCAUUGCCAGAAGGUCUUAUGCCACAUCCAGAAGAACCUUUAGAAGGAAAUAAUAAGCUCCGAAUAGAUUGGGAGUAUUGGGAUCGUGCCUACUUUUAG